CUUUUCUCAAAAAAAAAAACCCCGCAGCGUAAGGAGGACAGUCGUUUCCUGAUAUUAUCAAAGUUUAGACAUAUAAAUAAAAUAAUAUCUUUCUUAAAACAAUCAAAUAAUAAACUAUUUGUGUGCACCCAUCCAGAAAUGUUUGACUUUGGUCAGCUUCGUUUUUGUUGCGCAGUGAAGCAACACCCACGGAAGUGACUUUGAUGGGAAGAGCUGAUGACGUUUGUUGGCGUGACGCAAGCACGCAUUGGCUCUCAACAGGAGCGAUUCAUUCUAAAGUUCUGACAUGGCUUAGUUUAGCUUGUUUACCUUAAAAAACAAAACAUGUAUCGAGCUUGGCUUAAUACAAGUUUUUCACUUUCACACUAAUAUUCAUUUUGUAUUUUAAAGACCUUUCUACCAUGAAGUUGCUCCAAAAAGAUAUUGAGAAAGAUAAUGCCGGUCAGGUGACUCUGGUUCCUGAAGAGGCAGAGGAUAUGUGGCACACUUACAACCUUCUCCAAGUGGGGGACAGCCUCAGAGCUUCAACCAUCAGAAAGGUGCAGACAGAGUCUGCUACUGGAAGCGUGGGCAGCUCUCGGGUUCGGACCACUCUGACGUUGUGCGUGGAGACCAUCGACUUUGACACACAGGCUUGUCGGCUGAGGGUGAAAGGCACCAACCUUGAAGAGAAUCAGUUUGUUAAGAUGGGAGCUUAUCACACCAUUGAGCUCGAACUCAACAGGAAGUUUACUCUCGCUAAGAAGAGCUGGGACAGCGUUGUGCUGGAUAGAAUCGAACAAGCGUGUGAUCCGUCUCAGAAGGCAGAUGUGGCUGCAGUGGUGAUGCAGGAGGGUCUGGCGAACAUUGUGCUGGUGACCUCCGCCAUGACCCUGCUCCGCGCCAAAGUCGAGGUCACCAUUCCGCGCAAGAGGAAAGGGAGCUGCAGCCAGCAUGAAAAGGCGCUGGAGAGGUUCUAUGAGGCUGUGAUGCAGGCCAUCCUCCGCCACAUCAAUUUUGAUGUGGUGAAGUGUAUCCUGGUUGGCAGUCCUGGUUUUGUGAAGGACCAGUUCAUCUCCUACAUGUUCAAGGAAGCCGUGCGGCAGGACAACAAGCUCCUGCUGGAGAACCGGCCCAAAUUCAUGCUCGUCCACUCAUCAUCAGGUCAUAAGUAUUCACUCAAAGAAAUCCUUUGUGACCCCACUGUGACAAGUCGGCUUUCUGACACCAAGGCAGCAGGAGAGGUGAAAGCUCUGGAGGACUUCUACAAGAUGCUUCAGCAUGAGCCCAACAGAGCGUUCUACGGAGUCGCUCACGUGGAGAAAGCUGCGGACGCGUUGGCCGUUGACACUCUGUUGAUAAGCGAUAAGUUAUUCAGGCAUCAGGACGUUCCCACCAGGAGUCGUUACGUCCGGCUUGUUGACAGCGUGAGAGACAACGGAGGAACUGUCAGGAUAUUCUCAAGCCUUCAUGUGUCUGGAGAACAGCUGACUCAGCUGGGGGGAGUGGCUGCUAUCUUGCGGUUUCCCAUGGCAGACCUGUCAGAGCCGGAGGACGACAGCAGCUCAGAUGAAGACUAAACUAACUCACGGGGAGGGAGGCAAAGCCGGGCCAUGACGGCUGCAGAGGACAUGCAGCAAAUGAGCGUGUGGUUGAUUAUUAAACCAGCUGUGUUCCUCUUCAAACCCAACAGUUCAGAUGUGUCCAUUCUGAGUCAGAGGUGAUUUUCUUUUAUUCUGAAGUUGGCAGCAAAAUAUGCUAGUAGCAAGAAUCUAAUAGUUGCCAAAUCAAAAUGAAAAGAAAUGGAACUUUGUAAGAACUGUAAAAUCACAGGUUUUCCAAGUGUAUAUACGACUUUGUUCUUGCAAUUAAAUAACUAAAGCAUGCAGUUA